CGCAGACGCAGACGGAAGAGAGUCUGUCUCGACAGUUGAGUGGUGCGCCAACCAACGGCUACUCCCGUCUGGGCCGGACGUGAAGAGGCGCCGCCAGCCAAGAUUAGGGAGCAACGGGAGAGCAAGACCGCACUUUCUUCCUUUCCUCACCACCACGACCUCACUACACCUCCUUUCACCUCACGCCCAUCAGUAACAUGCUCUCCGUCACCCUCCCCCGCGUCGCCCUCCGCUCGGCUGCUCCUGCUCGUCAGUGGGCUUCGGCCGCCCAGAGCGUGCGCUACGCCUCGACUCUCAAGGAUGCCGUUGCCCAGGUCAUCCCGGAGAAGCAGGAGCAGCUCAAGGCCCUCAAGGCCAAGCACAACAACUCGUCCCUCGGCGAGGUCAAGCUUGAGAACCUCCUGGGCGGUAUGCGUGGCCUUAAGUGCAUGCUCUGGGAGGGUUCCGUCCUCGACUCUGAGCGCGGUAUCGCCUUCCACGGCAGGAGCAUCCCGGACUGCGAGAAGGAGCUCCCUACCGCAAAGGACCUCGGCCUCAAGGGCAAGGAGAUGCUCCCCGAGUCCAUGCUUUGGCUCCUCCUCACAGGAAAGGUCCCCUCCGUCGACGAGGUCCGUGGCCUCUCUGCUGAGCUCGCUGAGAAGGGCAAGCUCCCCAACUACGUUGAGAAGAUCAUCGACUCUUUCCCCAAGACGCUCCACCCGAUGACCCAGUUCUCGGCUGCCGUCGCUGCUCUCAACCACGACUCUGCCUUCUCGGCCGCCUACAACAAAGGUAUCAAGAAGUCCGAGUACUGGUCCCCCACCUACGACGACGUCAUCACCCUCAUUGCCAAGAUCCCCGCCAUUGCCGCCCGCAUCUACUACAACGUCUUCGGCAAGGGUGACGGCAAGCAGGCCAUCGACCCCUCCAACGACUUGAUUGGCAACUACGCCAACAUGAUCGGCUACGGUGACCACGAGGGUAUGACCGACUACCUCCGUCUCUACAUUGCCAUUCACGGUGACCACGAGGGAGGCAACGUCUCUGCCCACACCCUCCACCUCGUCGGCUCUGCCCUCUCUGACCCCUUCCUCUCCUACUCUGCCGGUCUCGCCGGUCUUGCCGGACCCCUUCACGGUCUCGCCAACCAGGAGGUACUCGGCUUCUGCUUGGGCCUCCAGAAGGCUGUGGGAGAGAACGCCUCGGACGAGAAGGUCAAGGAGCACCUCUGGUCCACCCUCAACUCGGGCCGUGUCGUCCCCGGCUACGGUCACGCCGUCCUUCGCUCGACCGACCCCCGUUUCCUUGCUCUCUCGCGCUUCUGCGACACCCGCCCUGAGCUGCAAAAGGACUCCCUCGUCCAGCUUGUCCAGCAGCUCGCUCGCGUCGCUCCUGGUGUGCUGACCGAGCACGGCAAGACCAAGAACCCCAACCCCAACGUCGACUCGGCCUCCGGAUGUGUCCUCUACUCGUACGGCAUGACCGAGUUCAAGUACUACACCGUCGUCUUCGGUAUCUCCCGCGCCUUGGCGCUCACCCAGCUGGUGUGGGACCGCGCAUACGGCAUGGGCAUCGAGAGGCCGAAGUCGUUCAGCGUUGACGCCCUCCAGAAGAUGCUCAAGUAAGGGCGAGGGGCAGAGAGGCACGGACUCGAACGGAUUCGACUUUACUGUAGCAGGCGAGAGACCGGAUGCCGCAGCGUGCGGUACGUCGCGAUGUGAUGCGACGAUGAUGAUGAAUAGACGAAGCUUGCUAUUACUUUACCUCUUUGAUUUCUGUGCGAGCUCGGCGUGAUUGUGCGACCGUCAAGAUCAUGACAAGUCACAAGGAGCACUUCGCGCGACGUGACAUGUGGCUGGGAUUGUUCGAGGAGGAGAGCUUCUGAGAACGAUUGGAGGGAGAUACCACAGCUCUGCUGCUUGCAAACUCCCGGCUUCACA